AUGUCAGCUGCCAAGGUUCAGAAGAUCAUCAAUGACAAUGGCGUCGUUGUCUUCUCAAAGUCGCGUUGCCCCUACUGCAGUGAUACCAAGAGCACACUUCGCAGUUUGGAUACAGAAUUCCAGGUUCUGGAGCUCGAUCAGAUGACCGAUGGUGGCGAUAUUCAAACCGCGCUGCAGCAAUUAACCAAACAGCGCACUGUUCCGAACAUCUUCAUCAACAAGAAGCAUAUUGGAGGAAAUUCUGACUUGCAGAAGUUGUCUACUGGUCAAUUGAAAGGGUUGUUGAAGGAGGCUGGAGCGAUUUAG